GAGGGGGCGGUGCAUAACAAAAAGUAAAGACCAUCUAUUUGGGUCCUGAAGAAGGAGGGGUAUUUCACGUCGGACUACCGUAUGUGUGAUUGAGUUUUCUUCAUGUUCGUGCGUACGUUUGCCCGUCAGUGAAAUACAGUUGCGUCUCAGCCAUUUUUUCGUUGGAUGUUCGUUGGCCGUGGUCGCAGAUCGGUAAAUAAGCUGGCUGAACUUGGUGCCGCGUUUUAGGGUUAAAGCAACCAGCUAGCCACGUUGCUAACGUUAGCUACUACAAGCGCUGCUGUGUGAGCCAACGUCUGGAAGGGCGUACGAGUUUGACGUGUUCUCCCCAAGUCUCCUCACAUUUUUGAGUUUAGUACAACGCGGUCCUCUCUCCUCAAAGCUAACCCACCCAGUCAACAUGGAGGGGACACACUCUGCAAGAGCAUGAACACGACGACAAACGGCGACUAAAGAGGAUUAAAAGCAACUCGGUCUUGAUGGGGAAAAGUUGAGCUGAGGAUUAACAACUUGGGAAACAGUGAAGAACGGUUUCAAGUCUUACUAUUGUAUAAGGGCAUGCAAAAACCUCAGUGAUGGAGUCAACAGUUGUGAGUACGUCCACUCUGGCCCCUGAUGAGUUUGAUAGAAACGUGCCGCGGAUCUGCGGCGUGUGUGGUGACAAAGCCACCGGCUUCCACUUCAAUGCCAUGACCUGUGAGGGUUGCAAAGGUUUUUUCAGGCGCAGUAUGAAGCGCAAGGCCGCCUUCACAUGUCCCUUUAACGGCAGUUGCACCAUCACCAAGGACAACAGGCGCCACUGCCAGGCAUGCCGACUCAAACGCUGUGUGGACAUUGGCAUGAUGAAAGAGUUCAUUCUGACAGAUGAGGAAGUGCAGAGGAAGAAGGACCUGAUUCAAAGGAGGAAGGAUGAGGAAGCACAGCGUGAAGCGGAGAAGGAGGCGCGGCGGCCCCGGCUCAGUGACGAACAGAGUCAGGUCAUCGCCACGCUGGUGGAGGCCCACCACAAAACAUAUGACGACUCCUACUCUGACUUCUGCCGCUUCAGGCCUCCUGUGCGCGAGGGCCCAGUGACGCGUAGCGCCAGUAGAGCAGCCUCUCUCCACUCUCUGUCUGAUGCCUCCUCUGACUCCUUCAGUCACUCUCCAGAGUCGGUAGAGACAAAAAUGAACUUCAACAACCUGCUGAUGAUGUACCAUGAGCAGGGCAGCAGCCCUGACUCCAGCGAGGAGGAGGGCUCCAGCUUAUCCAUGCUGCCCCACCUGGCUGACCUGGUCUCCUAUAGCAUCCAGAAAGUCAUUGGCUUUGCCAAGAUGAUCCCUGGGUUCAGGGAGCUGACUGCAGAGGACCAGAUUGCCCUGCUUAAGUCCAGCGCCAUUGAGGUGAUCAUGCUGCGCUCAAAUCAGAGCUUCAACCUGGAAGACAUGUCCUGGAGCUGUGGCGGGCCUGACUUUAAAUACCAGAUCAGUGAUGUCACCAAAGCGGGCCACACUCUGGAGCUGUUGGAGCCACUGGUGAAGUUCCAGGUGGGCUUGAAGAAGCUCAACUUGCAGGAGGAGGAACAUGUGCUGCUGAUGGCCAUCUGCUUGCUUUCUCCAGACCGCCCAGGUGUGCAGGAUCACGCACGGAUUGAAGCCCUCCAAGACCGUCUGUCAGAGACCCUGCAGGCCUACAUCCAGCUUCGCCACCCAGGGGGACAGCUGCUUUAUGCCAAGAUGAUCCAGAAGCUGGCCGACCUGCGCAGCCUCAACGAGGAGCACUCCAAACAGUACCGCUCGCUCUCCUUCCAGCCGGAGCACAGCAUGCAGCUCACUCCGCUCGUGUUGGAGGUGUUUGGCAGCGAGGUCUCCUAGACCCUCUGAACCACCUCAGUGAGGAAAAAUGGAGGGAGGGAGAUGAGGAUGUGCUGGAUGGGACUAAAUGGAGGUGUGUGUGUGUGUGUGUGUGUGUGUGUGUGUGUGUGUGUGUGAUGGAGAGCAAGCAGAUGUUAAGAGACUAAAGACACUUCAUAUAAUACAAAUCAACUAUACAUACAACUUCUGCUUAUAUACAGUGUUUUUUACUCUAUUUAAAUCAACAAGCAGCUGCUUUAAAUGCCUGGACAUUUUGUGUGUGUACGUGACGUGCACACACCAACACAGCAAACAUACUCAGUUAUUCAUUUAGCCAUUCAGUUAAGCUACCUCUUUGUUUUACUGGGGUUGUUUUACAUCACCUAUGUAAAACAGUAACCUUUACACAGAACAAUUUAGAUACAGUCUAUAUAUAUAGUCUACUAUACUAUACUGACAUUUUAGUAUUUUUUUUCAGUGCAAAAGCAGUGCCUGGACAUUACUUUGACUUUUUGAUGUUUCAAAACUUCAUUCUUUUUUUCAUCUGCUUCUCUCCAAGGCAGCGUCUAUAUGACUGUGUAUACCAUUCUAAACACAUACCUUUCACCAAAGGUAUGGUCAUCUACUUUCUCAAAAAGCUUCCAGUACCUAAAAAUAGCCUUGCUGCUUGAUGGCUCGUUUCACGCAUGCAGCCACUCGACAUGCUAGCAAGUUGUCUGACUAGCCUCACAGCCUAUGAAGGAAACUGUCAUUAUUUAGGUUUAUACUGCAGAGUACAGAACAGUCUGUAAUUUAGUGAGGUUUUGAUAGGACUUUGGGGUGCCUGGUUUUGAGAUGAGAAUUAGCCACUAAAUGUGUUAGCUACUUUUACACUGCUAACUGUCAAUCAAACCAAGCCAGCAUUAUGGCUUGUUACUCUCUUAAAAAUGUUUUUCAUUAUUCUUCUCUUCUGUUUGUUUCCAUGUAAAUAGUUAAUUACUACCACAUGUAUCCUACGCACUGUUUUAACACAUUUUACUCAAGCCUAUGUAUUGAUAUACAGUAUCUAUAUUAUCAUAGAUUUUAAAGGGCUCAAAUGCCAAAUCUAACUGGAUAGUAAAUCGAGGCCAAAGCAAGGGGCCUGUCUUGUUAAUAUAUAGCUGCAUACCAUACUUGGAAUUGGCAUAUAUACUGAUGUAAUUGCAAGGGAUGUUUGGUUUUUUUGUACGUCAUUUCACCUUUAAAAACAAUUCCAUGAAUUGUUCCUCCUUAGUAAACAGUGGCUCGGUGGGCAGAGAGCUUAGGAAGCUGCUUCAGACCUCCCCAGAUAUCAAACCCCUUUCAUUUCUGACAGGGAAGUGGAUUUUCUAGAAUGUCGGAGGGCCUGCGCUGUGCUGAUGGGGCGCACCUCUACACUCAGGCCCUCCUGUUUGAUGAUGUAUGCUGCGCAGCCCUCUAGUGGCUGCAUUGUGUAAAUACCAGGUAUAUAAAUAUAUAAAAGAUGUCUGCCGCUGUACAUAGGGCUACAUAAAUAAUUCUCAAGGCUAAUUCUUUUAGAAAUAUAUAUGCAAAUACAAUAUUGACCCUUUUUUUUCUUUUUUGAUUCAUUAUCACUACCGUCUGAUACACUAUGCUCAUUUGUUUUGACUUUGAUCAAGUUUUUUUUGUAGGAAUGAGUUAGAAAUGGCUUAAACAGGGAUUGCUUGUGUAUUUGACUCAGUCAAAUAAUUUUUUUAGUGGUGGGUUGAUGUAUUUGCCUAAUUUCCAAGGUUCAUUUUCAGAAAGAGGACAGGAUCUCUAAUAUAAGCCAUAUAGAUCACUAAGCUAGUUAUACACCUGAUACAUCAUGUAUUGAAAUUAUGACUCCAGAGCCUUGGAUAUCCUCACAAUAUAAUCUUUAAAAUUCAUAUGCUAUUUAUCCAUGGCUCUUGGAAGAUAAGCUUGUAUAUGAUAGGAGCUCAUAUGCCUUCUCUCUGCUGUCAUCUUGGGCUUAUGCUUCAUCAGACAGCAUCUAAUGGCUUAAACCAAACUGCCAAGAUAAUUGAAAAUGCUUAGGUUUAGAGGCCAGUAAUGUAUAGCUUGCUGCAUGUGGGGUUAUGGUAACAUUUUAUGAGAUGCGUGUUUUAUUACAUCAAGAUAAUUCCCCAAAGAAGUGUUAAGUCAAAUUCUUGCCAAGUUCAAAUGAUUUCACUAAAGCGUCUCUCAUAUACAGAGAUGACACGAGUCUGAAACACAUAUUUUUUGGUCUUCUAUUUGCUGUGUGACAGAAGACAUUGAUUAAAACGGUUCCUGUGAUUGGCCUGUACAUGCCUCCUAUGUCAGACCGAGAGCAGACCAGGGCUACUCUGUGAUCUUAGAGGGAGAUGGUGGGAGAGAGAGCAGGGGUUUGUCGUUGAGCUGGACGAGUUCUCACAACUGCUUUGUGUGAGGUUGUGACAGUUGUUGCUUUAAUUUGUUCAGCCCACAUGGCUUAGAAUGUUUAGUCCAUUCUCCGUCAAUGUGGUUUUAUUCCAACUCUCCAUCAGUCACUGUUGCACACGGAGAUGAUCUGCUGAUAGUUAAAUAGUUUUUAGAUGUAAUCAUUGGUUUUCUUCUUGAAAAUCAUUGGGAUUAUGUAGUGUGUGUGUGUGUGUGUGUGUGUGUAUAUAUAUAUAUAUAUAUAUAUAUAUAUAUAUAUAUAUAUAUAUAUAUAUAUAUAUAUAUAUAUAUAUAUAUAUUUUCCAUGUGCCCCGCAAAUCUCUCUACCGUGAUUGGACUUUAAGGAGUUGAGGACUGAGUGUUUAGGCAGUACCACUCAUAUGUAUAAUAUGUCAGUUUGAUGAGGGGUAUGAUGUGCUUGGUUACUGAACACUGACUUUUGAAGUUUCUGAAAAGUCUCCAUGUUGGUUUUCUCUGAAUACAUACUUCUGUAUGUAGAUAUGGGGUUGAUUUAGUUCUAUAUUGUUUUUGAGAUAGAGAUGCGGUGUUGAUUUGUGUAUGUUUAAUACAGCGGGAGGUUCAGUGAACAUGUAAGUGCCACGGGGAGAGUUCCCUCCACACAAGAACAGGGUAAAAGAGGAGUUGCUUUUGAGGCUUUGAAAACCAAACAGGAAGAGGCUUGUGGAUGUAUUAUGUAGCCCCUAAUUGAACUAAUAGAUUUCGGUCAGUACCGCAUCGCGCCAGGGGAAUUCUUACUGUAGGUUUUAUCAUAAGAAAGGAACCACCUUUUUCCCUUUUUUAAUGACUAAAUAUGUGAUUAAUUGUUGUUUUUGGGACCUUUUCCCCAUUUAAUUCCCCACCCAACAUACUGUACAUAACAUGCAAAUACAGCUAAAUCUGGUGCAUCCCCAGUUUCCUGUUUGGUUUUACCAUGGUAGGCUGCUCAAGUUUUUAACUCUGCAUUGCAGUUGUUGAAAAUACUGGAACUUGAAAACCAUACGUCAAUGGAAAUCUACCACAAAUUAGAUGGAUCCAUCUUUGGUGAGAUUUUCUUUAAGAUUGGCAAACAUAACACAGUAACAAUGCCUGCAAUAUACAACUCAUGGUACACUUUCACCAGCAAGCUUUACAGUUUAUCAUGUUAGUAGACAUUUUUGAAGUUUUUGUAUAACUGUUGCCAUUACAAAUCCUGUCUGUAAAAAUAUGUAUAUCAUUCAUAGAAAACAGUUGUCCAUCUCCGAUGCAAAGGCUUUCAAGUCUUUUGUUUUUUGUUCCUCCUAUUAGGACAGGGAUUGUAAUGGAAUCAACUUUAAUUUAGUUAUUACAAAAAGGAGUCCACAAUGGAUGUACACCAUAAUCUACCUAAAAAAACCUACCUCUUUUAGCUCAGAUUUUGCUUUAGCAUUAAGCAUUUGCCUCUGUUUUUACUUUUUGUAAUAUUUGUAUCCAUGUUGGUAUUUAUUGCUGUCUAAUGAGUCAUACUUCAAUGAUUACCUCAGAUAUCUUACAGAUGUAGUCCAGAGUCCAGCUAAUGAAGUCAUUCAUAGUUUUUUCUUUCUUUGUACAGUUUUUUUCUUCAGACUUAACAUUGCCUUCUUUAUUUUCUUCUUCUUUUUACGCACAAAAUACCAGGAGUGUUUUUAAUAUAGUGCCUGCACUCUGACCAACAGGGCUCACACUGGCUAGGGUGAGGCUGCAGUUAAUCCAAAAAAGGCAUCUCCUCUGCAUCUUUGUCCUUUGGAUGUCUUGGUGACACGUCAGCAACAGAUGCAAUUAAUGUGGUUGCCAUGUUGCUGAUGUCUACCUUAUCUUUAUAGUUCUUAAGGGCAAACUGAAGAGGAGAACUUUGUGGAGUGAAUGCAGUUGUAAAGAAGGAACAACCUGAAAGACUUUGUGGCAGUAGGAGAAGCGGGAGGUGUGUUUGCGCUCCAUUUGGUACUGUUAGCAUGGUCUCUGUAGUACGCCAUCCUUACCAUGUCCCUUUUAUUUGCUGCAUCAUUUUCCCCAUACCCUCUCUGAGUCUUCACCUCUCCUUCUGUCCUGAAGUCUGCUCCCGCACCUUCUUCAUUCCCUGCCGGUGUUUGCUCUAAUAAGGGGAAUUAGGAAAUCCUCAGUAUCCAUGCAAUGCUGCUUUUAUCUCAAGCAUCACCAGGUUGUGUGUUUUUGACACCACAUAAUACAGGCAUCGUCCAAAAUGUCAGCCCUCCCAGCGGCGCGACAAGCCUCAUUGGAAGAUCGUGUCUUUUGAAACACACGCAACUUAGUGGUGCUCAUUGGGGGAAAAAAAACUUUAAAAUCGUAGUAUCAUAUUAACAGAGCAACUACUCACUUUGGUUAAUUAAAACCAAGUUUAUUUUGUAUUCAUGUCAAACUGCUUCAGGUAAACACUGAAUGAAAUAAGAGAAUUAUUAUUGAUCAGUGAAUACUGAGGAACAAUGUUGCCAUGGUCACAUCUACCCUGAGCUGUGUGCCAUAAUAUGUCCCUUUUAAUGCAGGGGAGGGUGUUAAUGAAGCUGGCUUCAGAUGUUCCCCAGCUUAAUUCAAAUGAGAAGGUUGGCCUCUUACUUAGUACUUAGUCAUGUGUAUUGAUCUAAGGAGUACAUUUUAUUUUUGGCAUUGAAUUCUCAACUUUGCAAUGUGAACCCAAGUCAUGCCACAUUCAAUUAAAAUGCCUGAACCAACAAAAAGCACUUAAUGUAAUGUUUGUAACACAUGUAUACGGAUGAAUCUAUUAGCCAUAAACUGCCUGUGUAGGUCAGCAUGAUAUGGCUCCAAUUAUUGAAAAAAAAAAAAAAAAAAGUUAAGUCACCAUAAAUUCUAAUGUAAUUGCAAUUUAUCUUUUGUCUUUUUUUUCAAAGAUCUUCUUUUUUUCUAUUUUAAAUUGGUGUUUAUGUAAUGUUAUUUUUGUCAGAUGUUUUGCAAAUCCAAAAUAAACAGUUGUACAUAG